ACGUCUUCAACGUCAUAUCAAUGUGAAAUCGGGCACGACACAACUCCCACCCCCCCACGGCUACAAACUUUAAUUAAAACCCAACAGACCCACCCAACAAACAUUUGAAAGACCCUUCCUUUGUUUAACGACGACACAUAUUUUUAGAGAGAGAGAGAGAGAGAGAGAGAGAGAGAGAGAGAGAGUAGAAUGGGGAGCAACGCAAAGGGUCGGACUGUGAUGGAAGUGGGAGCUGAUGGGGUGGCUCUGAUCACCAUCAUCAACCCUCCCGUCAAUUCCCUCUCUUUUGAUGUGUUAUAUGGCUUAAAAGCAAAUUACGAGGAAGCCUUACGAAGAAACGAUGUAAGGGCAAUCGUUAUCACGGGUGCCAAGGGCAAAUUUUCUGGUGGCUUUGAUAUAAGUGCUUUCGGUGGUCUGCAAGGGGGACAACAGGCCGAGCAUGCAAGGCCUGGUUUUAUUUCAGUGGAGCUUGUCACCGACACUUUAGAAGCCGCAAGGAAGCCUUCGGUUGCUGCCAUUGAUGGCCUUGCAUUAGGUGGAGGACUGGAGGUUGCAAUGGCAUGCCAUGCACGUAUUUCAACUCCUACUGUGCAACUAGGCUUGCCUGAACUUCAGCUUGGAAUAAUUCCCGGAUUUGGAGGAACACAGCGGCUGCCACGACUUGUCGGUCUCACAAAGUCGCUUGAAAUGAUGUUGACAUCAAAGCCAGUUAAAGGGGAUGAAGCUCUUAGUUUGGGCCUUGUGGAUGCUCUCGUAGCACCUAAUGAGUUGGUAAGCACAGCGCGCCAAUGGGCCCUGGAUAUCGUGGAGCGUAGAAGACCUUGGGUUGCUAGUCUUCACAAGGCUAACAAGUUGGAAUCCCUCGGGGAAGCAAGGGAAAUACUAAAGUUUGCAAGAGCACAGGUCCGGAAGCAGGCUCCAAAUCUCAAACAUCCAUUGGUUUGCAUUGAUGUGAUUGAAGAGGGUAUAGUUUCGGGUCCCAGGGCAGGACUUUGGAAGGAAGCUGAAGCUUUUCAAGGACUUCUGCAUUCUGAUACUUGCAAGAGCUUAGUCCAUGUCUUCUUUGCUCAACGGGGAACAACAAGGGUUCCUGGGGUUACUGACCUUGGAUUGGUGCCAAGACAAGUGAAAAAGGUCGCUGUACUAGGUGGAGGAUUAAUGGGCUCCGGAAUAGCUACUGCAUUGAUUCUUAGCAAUUAUCCUGUGAUUUUGAAAGAAGUGAAUGAUAAGUUUUUGCAAGCUGGGAUUGGUAGAGUCAGAGCUAAUCUGCAAAGCCGUGUUAAGAAAGGGAAAAUGACACAAGAAAAGUUUGACAAAACCAUUUCUCUUCUUAAGGGUGUGCUCGACUAUGAGAGCUUUAAGGACGUGGACAUGGUCAUCGAGGCUGUUAUUGAGAAUGUCUCUUUGAAGCAACAAAUUUUCGCUGAUCUUGAAAAAUACUGCCCACCACAUUGCAUACUUGCCAGCAACACUUCCACAAUUGACUUGAACCUGAUUGGAAAGAAGACAAAGUCCCAGGACCGGAUUAUUGGAGCCCAUUUCUUUAGCCCUGCACAUGUCAUGCCACUUUUGGAAAUCAUCCGUACUAAUAAGACAUCUCCUCAAAUUAUAGUUGACUUGCUAGAUGUUGGAAAGAAGAUAAAGAAAACCCCAGUUGUGGUUGGAAACUGCACAGGCUUUGCCGUCAACAGGAUGUUCUUCCCUUACACACAAGCAGGUCUUUUGCUUGUUGAACAUGGUGCAGAUGUCUACCACAUUGAUAGGGUGAUCACCAAAUUCGGAAUGCCAAUGGGCCCCUUCAGAUUGGCCGAUCUGGUUGGUUUUGGCGUGGGAAUUGCGACUGGCAUUCAAUUUAUUGAGCAUUUCCCGGAGAGAACAUAUAAGUCCAUGCUUAUACCACUUAUGCAGGAGGAUGGGAGAGCAGGUGAAUCCACUAAGAAAGGAUUCUAUGCUUACGGUGACAAACGCAAGGCCAACCCGGAUCCUGAAUUGAAAAAAUAUAUUGAGAAGGCAAGGAGCAUGUCUGGUGUUGCAAUUGACCCUAAGCUAGUGAAGUUGCCAGAGAAGGAUAUCGUGGAGAUGAUAUUCUUUCCUGUGGUGAAUGAGGCGUGCCGUGUCCUUGCUGAAGGAAUUGCGGUCAAAGCAGCUGACCUUGAUAUUGCUUCUGUCAUGGGCAUGGGUUUCCCGCCUUACAGGGGUGGUCUUCUAUUCUGGGCUGAUUCUCUUGGAUCAAAAUACAUCUGUUCAAGAUUGGAGGAAUGGUCCAAGACUUACGGAGACUUCUUCAAGCCUUGCGCAUAUUUGGCCGAAAGAGCUGCAAAGGGUGCUCCUCUUAGUGCCCCGUUGGAGCAAGCAAAAUCUCGGUUAUAAGAGAACACGGUCGCAAUGCCCGUUUCGAGAUUCUCUCAUCAUUUUCAUCCUCUCUUCUUUUUUCCCUCUUUUCCUUAGUGUUGGAACUGUGGAUCAGGAAUAACUACUUCGUAAUGUAUGAGAUAGGAGAUUGGGAUCUAUGAGAAAAUGAGUUGCAAAACCAUAGCUUAAUUAAUAAUAGUCUCAAAAUAGGAACUGUUGAAGGCUAAAGCUUGCAUCAUUUGCUCCCCCUAGUGACAUAAUGUUAUUUGGCCCUUUGAUGCAAUAAGAAGGAUAUUUGUUUAUUUAUUUUUAUUUUAAGGAAGCCUACUUUUGAGGCA